GUGGAGGAACCGACAGGAGGCCGGGAGCCCCCACCUACCCCUUGUGGAGCUGCAGGAGCGAGGGUAUGCAGCCAGCCAUGCUGGGCCUGUUGUCCCUGCUUCUGCUCUGGGGCCUGGCGACUCCAUGCCAAGGGCUGCUAGAGACGGUGGGCACACUCGCUCGGAUUGACAAGGAUGAACUCAGCAAAGCCAUCCAGAACUCACUGGUUGGGGGGCCCAUUCUGCAGAAUGUGCUGGGAUCGGUCACAGCCGUGAACCAGGGCCUCCUGGGCUCAGGAAGGCCGCUUGGAGGAGGCGGCUUGCUGGGCCAUGGAGGGAUUUUUGGCGCUGUCGAGGAGCUCUCUGGUCUGAAGAUUGAGGAGCUCACGCUACCAAAGGUGUCGCUGAAGCUGCUGCCGGGAUUUGGGGUGCAGCUGAACCUGCACACCAAAGUGUACAUGCAUUGCUCUGGCCCCCUUGGGGCCCUUCUGCAGCUGGCUACGGAGGUGAACGUGACAUCACGGGUGGCUCUGGGCGUGAGCUCAAGGGGCACGCCCAUCCUUAUCCUCAAGCGCUGCAGCACACUCCUGGGCCACAUCAGCCUGUUCUCAGGGCUGCUGCCCACGCCACUCUUUGGGGUCGUGGAACAGAUGCUCUUCAAGGUGCUUCCGGGACUGCUGUGCCCCGUGGUGGACAGUGUGCUGGGUGUGGUGAAUGAGCUCCUGGGGACUGUGCUGGGCCUGGUGCCCCUUGGGGCUCUUGGGUCCCUGGAAUUCUCUCUGGCCACAUUGCCUCUCAUCUCCAACCAGUACAUAGAACUGGACAUCAACCCUAUCGUGAAGAGUGUAGCUGGUGACAUCAUUGACUUCCCCAAGUCCCGUGCCCCAGCCAAGGUGCCCCCCAAGAAAGACCACACAUCCCAGGCGACAGUGCCUCUGUACCUCUUCAACACCGUGUUUGGACUCCUGCAGACCAACGGCGCCCUCGACAUGGACAUCACCACUGAGCUGGUUCCCAGUGAUGUCCCACUGACAACUACAGACCUGGCAGCUUUGCUCCCUGAGGCCCUGGGGAAGCUGCCCCUGCACCAGCACCUCCUGCUGUCCCUGCGGGUGAAGGAAGCUCCCACGGUCACACUCCACAACAAGAAGGCCUUGGUCUCCCUCCCAGCCAACAUCCAUGUGCUGUUCUAUGUCCCUCAGGGGACCCCUGAAUCCCUCUUUGAGCUGAACUCGGUCAUGACUCUGCGUGCCCAGCUGGCUCCCUCGGCUACCAAGCUGCACAUCUCCCUGUCCCUGGAACGGCUCAGUGUCAAGGUGGCCUCCUCCUUUACCCAUGCAUUUGACGAAUCGCGUUUAGAAGAAUGGCUCAGCCAUGUGGUCCGGGCAGUGUAUGCACCAAAGCUUAAUGUGGCCCUGGAUGUUGGAAUUCCCCUGCCUAAGGUUCUUAAUAUUAAUUUUUCCAAUUCAAUUCUGGAGAUCAUAGAGAAUGCUGUUGUGCUGACCGUGGCAUCCUGAGGCUGAGACAUGGCCACCAGCCUUCCCUGUUGACUACUAGAGACCACCUGUCUACUCUGCCUCAAUUUUCCUUCCAGUCUCUAGCCGAUGUUGGUGACAGUAAAAAUGCCCUCUGGCCCUGAAGCACUACUCCAAGUUUGGGGUGGGAACUGCCUGGCUAAUCAUAGAACUGCCUCAGAGAGAGCUCUGGGGCCUCGGUAGCAAGCCCUGAGCUUUCAAUAAAUGACUCCUUUAUCUCGGUA